GAAAAAAUAUACCAUUUUUAGGGAGAAGAAUGAGACUUCUCUAUCUCUAGCUCUACUUGCAGCUGCCCCCUCCAUACCUUUUUCAUAUCCUUCCUCUCUCUCCCCACCUUUUUUCUCUCCUUUUCUUCCGUUUUCUGGGCUUGGUUCUGGACUGCUGCUAUAUGAGGGGAAGAACAUGGGUAGGGGAAGGGUUCAGUUGAAGAGGAUUGAGAACAAGGUAAAUAGGCAGGUGACCUUUUCAAAGAGGAGGUCUGGAUUGUUGAAGAAGGCUCAUGAGAUCUCAGUUCUUUGUGAUGCAGAGGUGGCCCUGAUUGUCUUCUCCACUAAGGGGAAGCUCUAUGAGUACUCCACCGAUUCCUGCAUGGAAAGAAUCCUCGAACGAUAUGAGAGGUAUGCGUAUGCACAGAGUCAGCUUAUUGCCACCGAUCUUGAAUCACAAGGAAGCUGGACACUCGAAUAUGCAAAGCUCAAGGCUAGGAUGGAGGUUCUACAAAAAAGCCAAAGAAAUUUUAUGGGAGAAGACCUUGACUCCUUGAGUCUCAAAGAGCUUCAGAAUUUGGAGCAACAGCUUGAUAAUUCUCUUAAAAGCACAAGAAUAAGAAAGAACCAACUCAUGUAUGAAUCCCUUUCUGAGCUUCAUAAAAAGGGUAAGGCGUUGCAGGAGGAACAUGACUUGCUUACUGCAAAGGUGCAGGAGAAGGAGAAGGAACAGGCUGAACAGGCACAAUGGAAUCAGCAAAACCAGGACCUGGACUCACCAUCCUUUCUUCUACAACAGCCAUUGCAUGCACUAAAUAUUAGUGGUAAUUGCUUGGCAAGGGAUAGUGGAGAUGAUCAAGGAAUUCCACCUCAAAAUCGAACCAAUACACCCCUUCCUGCUUGGAUGCUGCGCCAUGUUAAUAAAUAGACAAGAUGAUACUCUUUCUACUAUGCCAUUUUGAUGUCUAUAUAUGCAUCUAGUGGUUGGGAGACAUUGUGAAAAUGUCUGGUAUAUCUAUAGAACAUUCCCAAAAUUAAGGUUUGUACUUAUUUUGCAAAUCCAGUAGUUUCAAACUACUACUCUUUGUAUGUAAUAUUCUAUAUAGUCAGAAGGCCCAAAUGCAAAUGCAGAGUAACUAGAAGGGCAUCAAAACCAA